ACGGGCAUAUUGCAAGUUUCGGCUUUCUCUCUCCCCAUCGUUCCCCUUCAUGAAGACCACCGGCCUCGACUUCGGCCUUGUCUUCCCGGCGUUGGUGGGAUGCCGCCUCCUGCUCUCCCUGGUCGACGUCUCGCACGCGCUCAAAUACGACCACCAACUGUCCUCUCCGACCACAUCAUGCUUGAACCUGCAGGAGGGCGUGUAUCUAUUCAAAAAGGGCAUAGACCCAUACUCCGGGGGUGUAUUCCGGCAUUCCCCGCUCUUCCUUGCCCUGUUCACGACCGUAAUCCCCAAUUCGAGGCUAAUAUCCUCUAUAAUAUGGACUCUAUGCGAUGCCGUCGGCGCUUGGGCUCUAGUGCAAACCUUCCGGGCGCGUCAACGUGUGUCCGAGACUUCGAGAGACGGUCUCAUCGCUGCAGCGUAUCUUUUGAAUCCGUAUACGUUCCUUCCGACACUAGCGCUGUCCACGUCUGCUUUCGAGAACGCGCUUGGACUCGUUGCGUUGAUGUUUGCCGCCCGAGGAAAACCGUCCCCGGCGCUUCUCGCCUCGGCCUUCUUGCUCCAGCUUUCGCUCUCGUCGGUCGUCGUCCUGGCCCCCAUCAUCUUUCUUGCGGUCGGCAGUCCUGUGUCGCAACUUGCUUCCCCGCGGCCUUGCUCCUGGGAUUGGAAGAAGGUGUCGGGCCUUCUCGUUGAAUUCCUGGCGUAUAGCGCGGCCCUGACCUUCACGGCGACCUUGGUAGCUGGCAAUUUCGGCUGGGUGGCUCAGACCUGGGGAGCUAGUCUUACCUUGCCCGAUCUCACUCCAAAUCCGGGAGUCUGGUGGUAUUUCUUCACGGAAAUGUUCGAUCACUUUCGCCCGUUUUUCCUCAUGGUGUUCUCGCUCCAUCUCUUGCUCUAUAUUGCACCGGUCUGCAUCAAAUUUCAAUACGACCCAUUAUAUGCAGCAUUCAUACUUUUGGGUGUUCUCGGCACUUUCAAGCCCUAUCCCACAUUAGCGGAUCCUGGUCUGUUUUUGAGCAUGAUAUCCAUAUUCCCGGAAAUAUACCCAUAUCUGCGAUACCCUAUCGUUUCGACAUUGCUCCACUUGCAUGCGGCACUACUGAUGCCGCUUUUCCACCAUCUCUGGCUUAACCAGGGUACUGGCAACGCCAACUUUUUCUACGCGUCGACCCUUGUGUUUGCCUGUGCCAAUGGGGCUGUGCUGACGGACUGCAUCUGGGCCGGCCUGAGGAUCGCCAUUGGGGAAGCUCACGAGGGUUUCGUCGUUGUACAAGAAUGA